AUGAGCUGUCGUCGGCCGUCGAUAAGAAAGAAACCGUUGGAUAAGAAAGAAACCGUUGCAUGCAAUGCAUUCUGUGGAGUCUCUUACUCUGCAAAAGCCGCUGCUGCUCCAUGUGGUGGUAGAGGGGUGUGCGUUCCAGGCGAGGUUACCCUGGCCCCAACCUGCCUGUGCAAUGCGGGGUACAUCCAAUCUGGAAGUCUCAGCUGCGUGGCUGAAGGGCAGGCGGCGAGGUGUGGAGUGCAGCUCGCCUUCCGGGCCAACUUCACCUUCUCCCUAUCCCCUCAAUCCGGCCGUGUUGGUAACAACGGCUUCGCCUUCGUCGUCUCGGCAACGGACUGGGUGGGGAAUGGAUCUGGUGUCGGGUAUGGUGGCAUGGACAGCCGCAGCAUGGCGGUUGAAUUCGACACCACGGUGGACAAGCUGCAUGGCGACAUGAGCAGCCCGCACGUGGGGCUGAACAUUCAAGGCCAGGACCAGUCAAUAGCCGCUGUGAAGUCGCCGUUUCAGCUGACCAACAGAAAGGCAUACACGGCGUGGGUGGACUAUGAGCCUGGGGAGCCCGGCACCAUCCAGGUGUUCCUGGCUGCCACGGAGGUGAAGCCAGCUCAGCCGCUGCUGGAGAGGAGGCUGGCGCUGUGUGAGGUGCUACAGGCUGGGGCAGAGCACCAGGCGUUCUACUUUGGCUUCGUGGCGUCCACCACUGUGAAGCCGUUCCAGAUGCAUCUCAUUCUCAAGUCGGCAGUUCACAGUGCUCCACGCAAGCCGGUAGACAUCAUUCCAGGUGAACAGUCCCUUUCCAGGAAAACAUUUCUCCCUCUGCUUCAGCGAUCUAUGCCUGUAUGCCCCUCUUUGCUGCCAUUCAGUCUCUUUCUCCGUCACUCCCUGGUGACUGUAAACCAAUAUUCAAACAGAACAGCACAUGCAAGCACCGACAUCCUCCCCAUCGCCUCUCCUUCCUCUUCUCAAACCCACGUUGCUUUGCCCUGCUCAGCCUUUGGUCUGACUCUCUCUGGGGCAUCGUAUGCGCCAGUGGGUGCCAGUCCCUUUAUGCGCUACAUGAGUGCGGACUAUCUAGUGUUGGCCAACCAGCAGAGUGCAUGGCAAGUCAGCGGCUCCCACUCCUGGGACUCCAUGCCCUUCCUUGGCUGGCCGGUCAAGAACCAGAAGGACUGCAGUGCGAGUUGGGCGUAUGCGGUGGUGGCGAGUGUGGAGGCAGCGUACGGCAUUGCGCUGAACAGUGAGGCGCCACGGCUGUCAGUGGACUCACUCUUUGCAGCCAUGGGGCUCACCUCCCUCACUGCCAAGUGCAUGGCAGGCGGCUCUCCUGCCGCCGCCUUUGAAAGUCUUAUCACUCUGCCCAGUGGUGGACUCACAACAGACAGCAAGCCGGGAUUUGAGCGCACGCGGUUCAAGGGUUAUGUGGGGCUCAUGCUGGCAGUUCGGCGGCAGCCAGUGGUGGUUCACAUCGAAGCCUCUGCAGCCACGUUUGUACAAUAUGACGGGACCUUCAAGUACCAGGAUCCUGCCUGCUACACUGGCAACCUGGACCAUGCUGUACUCGUUGUUGGGUACCUCCUUUUCACAAAUAAUGACCGCCAAAGCCAAAUUGCUCCACCGUUCUGGAUCAUCCGCAACUCGUGGGGAGUGGAGUGGGGAGACAGAGGCCACAUGCGCAUGGACAUUCAGGGAGGGGUUGGCGUGUGUGGCAUCAACAUGCUGCCUGGCAUUUACCCCAUUGUGAAGAGUGAGGAAUCAACCCCAUUGUCAGGAGUGAAGAAUGCAUCACAUUGCCAAUCGUUUCUGUUUGCAACAUUAUGUAUACUGUCCGUGUUUCCUCAGCAGGCAGAGAAAGCUUCACAGUUAUGGAUUCAGCCCACUCACGUGUUCACACAUGCCACCUCCUCUGUGCUUUCCACCACCCUUCCAGUUCCCAAGGAUCCCAACCCCUGCGCUGUGGGGACAUGCAUCAAUGAUGGCAAGGGCGCCUACUCCUGCAUCUGCCCUCCCAACUACGUUGGCAGCAUAACCGUUGACAACCUCCCCACCUGCGACCCAGCCAAUGUCACAGCCUCCAUGUUGAUAAUCACUGGCGCUAACUGGUGGUGCUCCGAUGUCUUCCCUGUAGCCGGCGUCUCCUUGGCUGGCUUCUCAUCGCAGAACAUGGCCAUUCCAUGCAACCAGAGUUUGCCGCAGGGCAAGGUGAUCAAGCUGGGAGGCACUCCCACCACCCCCUGCACUGCAUUCUUCUAUGCCCUCAAAGGCGACACCUGCUCCUCCAUCGGCGUCCAGCUGGGACUCGCAUCGACUUACCUUGCCUCUCUCAAUCCCGGCCUGGACUGCUUUGAGCCCAUCAAGGCGGGCCGCUCUCUUUGCAUCGAGCGCAACAACACCUUCGCCUUCACCGUCCCUCGCUGCUUGCAGUACGGUAUGCUUUCAGCUCAGGACACGUGCGAGAGCCUGCUGCAGCAGAGCAUGAAUUCAAGUGGGGAGGGGUCGACAGGGGCCGAAGUGGUGACUGCAACCAGCUGGACUGAGCUCUACCGCCCAAAUCCCGGCAUCAUCUGUCCCCGCACUAUCCCUGCCUCUAGUGCCACCAUUGCCAGUGGGGCCAGCACAAAGGUUUGUCUCAAGGCAGACUACGAGUCCAUCAAUGCUUACACUUGCAAGAUUGGCAGGCGUAAGGGUUACCGACGCCCACGCUCACUCCCUCGCCCACGCCAACUCCCUCGCCCACGCUUACUCACCGUCGCCCACGCUAACUCCCUUGCCCACGCUUACACCCUUACGUCGCCCACGCUAACUCCCUUACCGUCGCCCACGCCCUCCCCUUUUCCAUCGCCUUCGCGCAAUCCGUCGAACACGCUCAAUCACUUCCGUCGCCCGCGCUCAAUCACUUCCGUCGCCCACGCUCAAUCACUUCCGUCGCCCACGCUCAAUCACUUCCGUCGCCCACGCUCAAUCACUUCCGUCGCCCACGCUCAAUCUCUUCCCUCCGCCCACGCGCACUCCCUUUCCGUCGCCAUUGCGCAAUCUUCCGUCGCACACGCUCAACCCCGCUCGCCGCACACGGCCGAUUUCCCCCCGUUGCACACAGCCGCUUGCGCUCUCCCUUUUCAUCGCCAACCCGUUCUCCCAAAUCAUGGCCGCACGUCCGCCCUAUUCGUAUCCUCACCCCAUUCCCUCUCCUCCCCAUCCAGCGCAUGCAGCGUACGACAACGCAGAGGAGUAUUUCAAAUGUGCAGCGCCAUCCCACACCUCCCCAUCCCUCCCCUCCCCAUCCCUCCCCUCCCCAUCCCUCCCCUCCCCAUCCCUCCCCUCCGCAUCCCUCACCUCCCCAUCCCUGCUGCUGUCUCUGUAAAUGAUGCGGAAACCCGCCCUCUGUCCCCCUCUCCGUCUCACCAUCCCCGCCACUCCCCUGUCAACACCACCCCAUCCCAUGCCACCAGGGACGGUCGGGGGCGCCGCGACAUCUUGAGAGCCACCAUCUCUGCCUCACCCCAUACCGCCUCAUCCCCUUCCGCCUCAUCCCAUUCCGCCUCAUCCCAUACCGCCUCACCCGUUCCGCCGCACCCCAUUCUACCUCACCCCAUCCCCGCCUCCCCAUCCCUCUUCUCCCCAUCCCUCAUCUCCCCAUCCCUCAUCCCCCCAUCCCUCACCUCCCCAUCCCUCACCUCCUCAUCCCUUAUCUCCCCGUCCCUCCACACCCCAUCUCCUCCACACCCCAUCUCCUCCUCACCCCAUCUCUUCCACACCCCAUCUCCUCCUCACCCCAUCUCCUCCACACCCCAUCUCCUCCUCACCCCAUCUCCUCCUCACCGCAUCUCCUCCUCACCCCAUCUCCUCCACACCCCAUCUCCUCCACACCCCAUCUCCUCCACAUCCCAUCUCCUCCACACCCUAUCUCCUCCUCACCCCAUCUCCUCCUCACCCCAUCUCCUCCUCACCCCAUCUCAUCCACACCCCAUCUCCUCCUCACCCCUCCUCCUCCACACCCCAUCUCCUCCACACCCCAUCUCCUCCACACCCCAUCUCCUCCUCACCCCAUCUCCUCCUCACCCCAUCUCCUCCUCACCCCAUCUCCUCCUCACCCCAUCUCCUCCUCACCCCAUCUCCUCCUCGCCCCAUCUCCUCCACACCGCAUCUCCUCCACACCCCAUCUCCUCCACACCCCAUCUCCUCCACACCCCAUCUCCUCCUCACCCCAUCUCCUUCUCACCCCAUCUCCUCCUCACCCCUCCUCCUCCACACCCCAUCUCCUCCACACUCCAUCUCCUCCUCACACCAUCUCCUCCUCACACCAUCUCCUCCACACCCCAUCUCCUCCUCUCCCUGCCCCCUCUUCUUCCCAUCCCCUCUUGUCAUUCUUUUGCAUGCUUGCUUCCCUGCUACUUCAGCCACGUCACAUCUGACUUCCCGAUGGAGCAAGGGGAGGGGAAACGAGGGCGAUGGACGGGGGAAAGUGAAGUCAACGGGAGUGGAAAAACGAGGUUGACGGGAGGGGGAAAGCGAGGUCGACAGCAGGGAAGGGGAUGGGGGGAAGCAGGGAAGGGGAUGGGGGGAAGCAGGGAAGGGGAUGGGGGGAAGCAAGGAAGGGGAUGGGGGGAAGCAGGGAAGGGGAUGGGGGGAAACAGGGAAGGGGAUGGGGGGAAACAGGGAAGGGGAUGGGGGGAAUCAGGGAAGGGGAUGGGGGGAAGCAAAGAAGGGGAUGGGGGGAAGCAGGGAAGAGGAUGGGGGGAAACAGGGAAGGGGAUGGGGGGAAGCAGGGAAGGGGAUGGGGGAAAGCAGGGAAGGGGAUGGGGGGAAGCAGGGAAGGGGAUGGGGGGAAGCAGAGAAGGGGUUGGGGGAAGCAGGGUAGGGGAUGGGGGGAGGCAGGGGAGGGGACAGGGGGAAGCAGGGAAGGGGAUGGGGGGAAACAGUGAAGGGGAUGGGGGGAAGCAGGGAAGGGGAUGGGGGAAAGCAGGGAAGGGGAUGGGGGGAAACAGGGAAGGGGAUGGGGGGAAACAGGGAAGGGGAUGGGGGGAAUCAGGGAAGGGGAUGGGGGGAAGCAGAGAAGGGGAUGGGGGGAAGCAGGGAAGAGGAUGGGGGGAAACAGGGAAGGGGAUGGGGGGAAGCAGGGAAGGGGAUGGGGGAAAGCAGGGAAGGGGAUGGAGGGAAGCAGGGAAGGGGAUGGGGGGAAGCAGAGAAGGGGUUGGGGGAAGCAGGGUAGGGGAUGGGGGGAGGCAGGGGAGGGGACAGGGGGAAGCAGGGAAGGGGAUGGGGGGAAACAGUGAAGGGGAUGGGGGGAAGCAGGGAAGGGGAUGGGGGGAAGCAGGGAAGGGGAUGAGCGGAAGCAGGGAAGGGGAUAGGGGGAAGCAGGGAAGGGGAUGGGGGGAAUCAGGGAAGGGGAUGGGGGGAAGCAGGGAAGGGGAUGGCGGGAAACAGGGAAGGGGAUGGGGGGAAACAGGGAAGGGGAUGGGGGGAAGCAGAGAAGGGGAUGGGGGGAAGCAGGGAAGAGGAUGGGGGGAAACAGGGAAGGGGAUGGGGGGAAGCAGGGAAGGGGAUGGGGGGAAGCAGGGAAGGGGAUGGGGGGAAGCAGGGAAGGGGAUGGGGGGAAGCAGAGAAGGGGUUGGGGGAAGCAGGGUAGGGAAUGUGGGGAGGCAGGGGAGGGGACAGGGGGAAGCAGGGAAGGGGAUGGGGGGAAGCAAGUCAGAGAAUGGGGGGAAGCAGCGCAGGCGAUACGGCGAAACAGGGAAGAUGGGGGGAAGCAUUGCAGGGGAUAAGGGGAAACAGGGAAGAGGACGUGGGGAGCGGGAGAGAUGCCGGGGAGAGAGCUGGGGGGAGGACGGUGGGGAGCAGGGCAAUUGA